GAGCCAAUUAGACCACCUGGCGGGUCCUGAGAUGUUGUUGUGCUGAUCUGUCACACUUUAGCAACACGAUUAUAAAGUUACUGUACAGAUACAGCAUGGCGUCGUUUGUAACCGAGGUGCUCGCCAGCUCCGGCAAACUGGAGAAAGAAGACUUGUCCAGUAAAAUCAGCAAAAUGUCGCGCAAGGUGGAAGAUACGAAGGAAGAAGUGUGUGACAUGAUAAACAAGAAGUACAGUGACUUCCUCCCGAGUCUUAAUGGAUCUGAGGAGCUAUUGGUGCAGGUUGAUGAGGUCUCCAAAGAAAUGGAUGUCCUUAAAAACUGCAUUGAGACUGAGGUGCAGCAGAAUAUCCAUGUGGCUGUGGCUGAGUAUGCAAAGCUGAAGCAGCAGCUGGAGAAAAACACUAUCAUCAUAACAAUGCUCGGACACCUAAAAGAGUUUCACAGUGCGAUGGAGGAUUUCAACAAAGCUUUAAUGGACAAGAAGUAUGUUGAUGCAGCCAACCAGCUGGAACAGGCAAGGUCCAGUGUGGACUCACUGAAGGAAUGGAAGACCUCCCAGCUGCCGCUGCUCAGUGCUCUCAGCUCUGAGCUGACAGUGCAGAGAGAAAACUUAAUUUACCACCUGGGAGAUGAAUGGAAGCGCCUCGUCAUCUGGAGAUUACCGUCCUCAAAGGGAGUGACUGCUGGAUGUGUACCACCAGAGCCUGCAGGUCUGAAGUCCUUCCUGAAGGUGGAGCUGAACCUGAGCCAUGCAUGCAAUAAGGACGGUGAAGAGAAACCACCUGCUCUGCUGCGCUGCGUCCUGCAAGCUCUGGCCGUCCAGGGAGACCUUCAGCACAAGAUCAAACUCUUCAGUCAGGUGCUGUUGAAGACCAUGAUGAAGCCGUUGGUGAUGUACCCGUCACUGUCGGUGAGGGUAACAGAGCAGCCGGGUGAGGGAACCGUCCUGGCUUUACAGUGUUUGGAGGAGAGCCCUGAGGAGAGAUCCACUCCUUCACAAGUCUACAGCAAACUGCUCCUGGUGCUCAGGACACUGCACUCUCACCUGCUAGAUGUGUCCAUUGGAGACAAAAAGCUCUCAGCCAUCUUGGGGGAGCUGAUUUGGGAGGAAAUUUCCCAGUGCAUCAUCCAUGAGUGUCUGCUCUACUCCAUCCCCACCAACAGCAGCCAGCUGGAGAAAUACAACACUGUGAUCCAAGAAACUGAGGAGUUUGAAAAGUCUCUGAAGGAGAUGGAGUAUCUACAGGGCGACUCCACUGACCUGCUCAAAUAUGCAAGAGACGUCAACUGUCACUUUGCCAGCAAGAAGUGCAAAGAUGUCAUCGUGGCGGCGCGCAAACUCAUGACCUCUAAGAUGCACAACACUGUUAAAAUCACACCAGACUACAAGCUGCGUCUUCCCAAGCUACCUCCUCCAGCUUCAGAACAGAAGGUAAAACAAGAGAGCACAAAGGAUGAGCUGACGAUGGAGAACGCAAAGCAGCUGUCUGCGUGGAGUCUGUGUCUGCCAGCCUGUCGCAUCAGCGAGUCAGUGCAGCAGCUGAUGGAGCUGGCGCUCAACACCUUGUGCGAAGCCGUCGGAAGCUCCACACAAUGUGCAUUACAACUCUUCUUCACUGUGAGAAACAUCUUCCAGCUGUUCUACGAUGUCGUACCGACGUACCACAAGGAGAACCUGCUCAAGUUCCCUCACCUGGCUGCCAUCCAGCACAACAACUGCAUGUACCUGGCCCACCACCUGCUCACCCUGGGCCACCAUUUCAGAUCUCACCUGCCGCAGCCCCUCAGCGAGGGCGUUGCCACAUUUGUUGACAUGGUGCCCGGAUUCAGGAAACUGGGUGCUCAGUGUUUCUUGGCUCAGAUGAACGUUCAGAGAGCUGAACUGUUGGAGAGACUUUCCACUGCUCACAAUUUCUGCAACCUGGAUGAUGAAGACAACUACAUUGCAGCGAGCAAAGCAGUAAGACAGGUCAUCCACCAGUUGAAGCAGUUGGGCACAGUGUGGCAGGAUGUCCUACCAGUCAGCAUCUAUUGUAAAGCCAUGGGCAACCUCCUCAACACAGCCAUCACGGAGGUCAUCGCCAAAAUCAUGAUGCUGGAGGAUAUUUCCUCUGAGGACGGGGAGCACCUCCACACACUGUGCCAAACCAUCAUCGAGGAAGGUCCGCUGGUCUUCAUCCCUCUGGCCGAGGAAAACAAGAACAAGAAGUAUCAGGAGGAAGUGCCUCUCUACAUGAGGAAGUGGAGUACCUUCAAGGAGCUGGUCAUCGUGCUGCGAGCCAACCUGCAGGAGAUUGUUGACAGGUGGGCUGACAGUAAAGGUCCGCUGGCGUUGGAGUUCUCCAGUUCGGAGGUGAAGAAUCUGAUCCGAGCCUUGUUCCAGAACACAGAGAGGAGAGCUGUAGCUCUAACCAAAAUCAAAUGAACGACACUAUAGCACUUUUUCCUCUGAGGAAAAUAUGAGUCAUGCCUUUAUUCAUUUCCGUUUUCUGUUGCAUUAAAUAUGCAUUUACAUGUAAGUAGGAUGAACAGUUUGUCUCAGAGACAUCGUUGCUGUGUGACUGAGGUGCUGUCGCUGUGCAUAUAUAAGCUGGUUGUAAUCAAUCUGUGGGAUGUGUUCCUCCUCGGCAUUCAGACUGCAAUUAGUCCCACAGAGAUUACACCACAGCUUCUUUACAUCAGCAGUCAUAUAGCUUUGGGGCUUUACCACAACAAAGCCAACUGAAGGUUGUGUAACCAGCGGCCCGCCAUCUGUUGACGUGUGUGUUGUAGCCAGGGUUAACUUUGCUGAACAUUGUUAAUCAAACUUCAUCUGCAGCUUGUCUUCGCUUUUCUAUACUGAUGUCAUUUCAGGAGGUCAUUCGGGUUUGUUUGUUUGAGCCCAAACAUCUCUCAACAACCAUUUAGUUCUGUCUAAGAUCCUCUGGACCUUUCAUCUCUUGUCAAUAGUUUUUAUUGUGCAAGCCAUUAAUUAGAAGUCUUCUACAAUGUAUUUAUUACUGGUCCAAAUAAACCAAAAGACUCAACUUUUCAGAACCUUUUCCAAACUGUUUGUAUUUGA